CGGACAGCUAGGUAUCAACUCCAUGCUGCCCAAUGUCGAGCAGGCUGUCUCUUUAUUCUUUGUCUGAACCUCAGUUCUCUAUCACCAAAACUUCAAAGAAACAAAAACUGGCAGCAUCGUGUCAUCAUGUCGGAAUCUUCAGAUCCCGCGCCGAAAUACCGCAUCCGGCCCGGAACCUUCUUUGAUGUUCCAGCCACAACACGGAUUUAUGCUGCAUCAUUUGGCAACGAACCAUUGAUCGACUUCUUCUUCCCUACCCGGCGGCAAGAUCCCCUGUCUUUCUAUACCUGGUCUUGUUGGAGAUUUCAGCGCCGGUAUUGGACGCCUGGGUAUUCACUGACUGUCGUGGCUGAUAAGCAUGAUCAUCCCGUCGGCCUAUCGUGGUGGAAGCGACCAACUCAGCCUCUAACACUUAUUCAAAAGCUCCUCUCUCCCUCGUUCUGGAUCGGUUCAGUCGUCAACGCUUUUAUCGACCUUCAAGAAUAUCUCUUCCCAGUCCAAGGUCUCAACAAGAACAACAUGCAAACCUUUGAGCAAGCAUUUUCUGCUGUUGAGCCGCAUGUGCUGGACACCCCGCAAAGGCAAAAAGUGCACUACCUUUCUCUGCUGGGUGUCGACCCUGUUCUGCAAGGAGAGGGUCUUGGCAAGAUGCUGCUUGAAGAUGGACUUGAGAAGGUAGAUGAUGAGGACUCGGUGGCUUGGCUUGUUAGUCUAGCUGGUCUGGAGAAGCUUUAUGCAAGAUAUGGGUUUGCUGAGGUGACGAAGGUGGAGGUUGAAGGGUUGCAUGAUUGGAAAGGUGGUAUGAGAAGAGUAUCAGAAUGGUCUCAAGCCGAAACUGGGAUCUCCCAAAACGAGGCUGGCGGGAGCCCAGGGUGUCUAACUAUGCUGUGUAUCUCAACUCGAAGACACUUCAUUGAAUACAUUUUUAGAAGUUACGUUAACAAGCAAUACAUCACUACAAUGAGUAUUACACUUGAGGAGCACUUUCUCUCUCAGGCAGCACACUCGUCAGAGGUAGCUACAGACGACCCAAUCCAUGGGUUUCCUACCAGUAUCAUCAACAAGCUCGUCGACCUCGAUGAUGAACGAAUAAAGAGCAUGGAUGAGAACAACAUAGCGAUUCAAGUCCUUUCUCACAUUCCCACGAAUUUUCUCACAGCCGAGACUAUAAUAGCUUGUAACGAUGAGCUUGUGGCAGCUAUACGAGCGAAUAAGCCUCGCUUCGCUGGCUUUGCCGCUCUUCAAAUGAGUGAUCCCGUCGCAACAACGCAUGAGCUUGAAAGAUGUAUCAAGUUGCAUGGGUUCGUCGGAGCGCUGAUAGACAAUCAUUCCAGCGGCAAUUAUUACGAUGGCAUUGAGUAUGAAAUCUUCUGGGCAAAGGCUGUGGAGCUCGACGUACCAAUCUAUAUACAUCCUGCCUGGCCCAGUCAAAAGGCGAAAGAGGCUUUAUACUCAGGCGGUAAUUGGAACCCCUAUUAA